GCAAUCCAGCAGGCACAGGGAAAGGGAUCCAGAGGGAUCAAACCGGCUGGCGAUGGAGCUGCUGGCCAUACUGGGCUGUGCCCUGCUGCUCCCUGUGGUGCUGGGUGAGGACUGUCCAUCCCCCUGCAGCUGCUGGUCACUGGGGCAGGCGUGGGGGACACGUGUGGACUGCAGCUCGCGGGGGCUGCGGUCCCUGCCCGCCCUGCCCCGCCUGACCCGCGACCUGCGCCUGCACAACAACAGCCUGGCCUUCAUCCCUGCCGGAGCCCUGGACAGCCUGAGCCACCUGCGGGAGCUGGAGCUCGGGGACAACCCCUGGCACUGUGACUGCCACAUCCUGUACCUCAAGCUCUGGCUGCAGGAUUUCUCCGCGCCCACGCUCGCCCGGCUCAGGUGCGCCAGCCCCACUCACCUGAGGAUGAAAUCCCUGGGGCAGCUGACUGGGAAUGAUCUUGGUGUUUGCACGAGGCUUCUCCCGACCAAGUGUCUCCAGUUCUUCUGGCGAGACCUUGUUUUAAUUGCUGGAGUGAUAAUUACCUUUAUUUUAGUGGUGUGGGCUCUGAAGGUCUCCAAGAAGCUGGUCUGCCAGCUCACCCUCAGGGGCUGGCAGCUGAGGAGGAGCAUCCACAAGACCCACAAGAUACAGUGAGCUCUUCUCUGC